AUGCCCACACGUACUCAAGAUCAGAUCCAAGAGUCUCUAACCCUGGCACAAGGAGUCUCUCCUGAAGCUGGACAAGAUUAUGUCACUGACUCAAGACGAUCCACCCCUACACCUGUUUUGGGAAGUCGCAUGUCUUCCUACCAUGGUCACGGGUGCUCAUCCACUUCUACAGUUGCCGAAGACAAACGUCAACGACGCUUCAAAAGUUCGCGUCUUGUUGGAGAGUAUGAGAAACCAUGGCUCAAAGAGUGGAAGCGCGAGAUCAAUUGGGACAGCAUCAUCUUCUACACAGGUGUGGUGAUUGCAUUCUGCUUCUCAGCAUUUAUUGCAUGGAACACCGUCCACAAGAUUCCUCACAAUGAUUACUGUCUUAUCAUGGACGACCAAUUUUCCAAGUUUGACACGAAUAUUUGGAGCCAUGAAAUACAAAUGAAUGGAUUCGGCACUGGAUCUUUCGACUGGACAACCGAUGACGAGGCCAAUUCCUACGUUGACGAUCAAGGACUUCACAUCGUUCCAACACUGACCCUCGAUCAUACGAAGAUCACCCUCGAUCAGAUGCUGGACAAACAUGUCGUCAAUCUGACUCGCGACGGGACUUGCACCUCAAUGGAUCAGCGUCUCUCCAAUCUCACCUACAACAAUCCUUGCUGGGCACGUGCUAAUGCCACCAGCCGCGCCAUGAUCAAUCCUGUUCGUUCCGCAAGACUCACAACUUCAGGCAAGAAAACGAUCAAAUAUGGCCGUAUUGAAGUUGAAGCAAAACUGCCUUCUGGCGAUUGGAUGUGGCCAGCCAUCUGGAUGAUGCCGCAAGACAACAUCUAUGGCGAAUGGCCCCGCAGCGGAGAGAUAGACAUCAUGGAGUCCCGCGGCAACGAUGCUGAGAAGUACCCUCUUGGCAACAAUAUCGUCAGUUCUGCCAUGCAUUGGGGUACACUGUACGACACCGAUGCUUUCAGACUUAGCAAGGGCGAAUGGGGUUCCAAACGCACCAAGAUGUCGGACGACUUUCACACUUACGGCCUGAAGUGGAAUGAGAAGUACCUCUUCACUUGGCUGGACGGAAGACUUCGCCAAAUCGUGUUUUUUGACUUUACCAAGAACAAAAACAUGUGGGAAUACGGUAAAUUCGCCGGUGUCACGGUCAACAAGACCGUCCACAAGGACACUUGGAGUCAAACUGGACGCUCCAACACGCCUUUUGACCAACCAUUUUACCUCAUUCUCAAUGUUGCAGUUGGUUCAACGAAUGGCUGGUUCCCUGACAAGCUAGGCGCGAAGCCCUGGUCCGAUGAGAGCUCAGCGCCCAUGCGUGACUUUUGGGAUGCCAAGGACACCUGGCUGCCCAGCUGGGGUGAGGAGAAAGACCGUGGCAUGAUUGUUCGAUCGGUUAAAAUGUGGCAAGAGGGAACUUGUAAAAAUUAG